GAGGCGGCGGGGCGGCAGUAGCCGCGUGGCCCGGCUUGGCAAGAGCGCAGGCUGCGGUGCCUGGCUGUGGCCAUAGGAACCGGCGCAGCGCCAAACAAAGCUGGGUCCUCCUCCCUCGCUCCCUCCUCCCGCCCCGCCACACGCGCACCCUGGGGGCAUAAGGAGGGAGGAGACAGCGCAGCUCCGGUCUCUGCGGCGGCUCUGGCGACUCCGUCCCGCCGCCGGCACUAUGCGCUGGGCGCUGCCGCGGGAGCCGCCGGUGCGCUAAGAGGAGGAGGAGCAGGCGCGGCGGCCGGAGGAGGGACUCGCGCCCGGGAGUCGUCGGAUCUGCCCCGGGCCCGAGAGUGAAGGCGGAGCAGGUGCGGCGGCAGGAGCGGCAGUACAAGCCUCAGCGACCGAGGCUGCAUUGCUGUGGGUGGCAAGGAGGGCGCCGGGGAAGGGGGAAGAUCUUUCAUAGACGCCUGAAGCUGGAGGGCACGGCAGCCCGCCCCCACCCCUUCCCCGGCGGACACGGCGGCUUGUUCUCCGAUUGCGCAGAAGCCUGAAUACACACACACACGCUCGGUUUUUUUCUAUUCGUGUGAAAUUCCAGAAAGGAUCUGGCACCGAUUUGGAUUUGCAUUUCUUGCUCCUGUUAUUUCACAUUGCCUGGCAUCUGCCUGUACCACCUUAUCCCAGUCUGCUCACCUUACGCUCUUCACAACCCUGCUCGGGACUGGAAAGCGCUCUGUUUUUGACAUAUCUUAGAGAGUACCCAUUAUUGUUCUCCACAUGCUUUAAUUUGGAGUUGCACAGAAUUUACCUUGAUGCAUCCGGGUCGCAUAGAAGUUUCUACGCGGAUCCGGCUUGCGCAACGCUUAAAGCCGCUUUAAGGAGCACCUAUUUGAACUGCGUACAAGAAGUACUGUAUUCUGGCCUGAGCCGAAUAGCACAUUGAAUUCGGGUAUUGUAACAUUGCACCGUGGCCUCCAGCUUCGUUUGCACAGGAUUGCACAACCGUCGGUCCACUGAUUUCCUUAACGCGCUCCUUACCUCUUCUGAUCCGGAUUGCAAAGCAAUCCCUGCACUGCUCUGGAUUGCACGUUGCUUGCACAAAUCCGGAUUAGUUUGCUGCUGAGAGUGUUUUAUUCACAAAGAUAUAAAUAUGUUGCCGGGAUCUAUCCAGAUCUCUGGGGAGACUUUAUCAAGUGCCGAGAUUCGGGAUAUCUGUGAGAGCCUGAGAGAGAACUCCAUCAAACUGCUUUCGCUCCGGGGCUGUCAGCUUUCCGACAGAGAUUUUGGCCGCAUCUGCAGGGGGGUCGCAGAAUCUCACUCCUUAGCUCAACUUAAUCUUAACUUGGGGAUUGUCUCCAAUAUCAAUCGGGUCAAGCAACUGGCUGAAGCCCUGAAGACCAACCGCUCUGUCCAGUCUUUGUUGUGAGUAGCCCUCUACUUAGUAGGACUUGAGGAAAGGUGCCCAGUUCUGCUGGCAGAAGUCUUGCAGUCCGAUUCAUAUGCAUGUUUACUCAAAAGUAAGCCCCAUUAUGUUAAAUAGAUCUUACUCACAGGUAAGUGUGUAUAGGAUUGCAGCUGUUGCUGGUGGGCUUCCAAAAUUGUUUGGUGUAUCUGUGUAGUCCAAACCCCACUUACUGGGAGCAAAUCCCAUUGACUUCUGAGUAGACAUGGAUAUAUAAUUGAGCUGUUAGUCCUUAACACCUUUUAACUAACCUUUUGCUCCAGGUGCAAAGUUUCCCACACACACACACAUACCAAAAGGGCUUUGAGGGCAAGGUUGUGAUUCUAAUCCAAAAUGGUGAUAGCAUUCUAGAUUAUUUCAAACCCAAUACAGAUUAAUCUUCUUAAACAGAAACAGUGAAACUUGGAUUUGGGCAACAUUUUAUUACCCUAAGCCAAAUUCCAGUAUAUCUCAGGGCAGCAAACCUAUGUAUGUUGUGUCAGAAGGAAGAGUAGGACACUGAAACGCAGGUGGGGGGGAGGGAGGAAACCAUAGUGAUAAAGGAAUCUGCUACCAUGACAGAAAAGGGAGUGGGGAGUAAGGAAGCAGAUUCAAAGACUCCAUUAAUGACUCUUCGUCUUUUAGAGUUGUUGGUAUAAAUCACCCCUGUUAACUUAUUUACUGCAUUUCUUUGUCAUAGUUUGAGCUGGGUGAAGUCAGCUGCAACUCUUGAGGAACGAUAGUUUUAAUUCCUAACCAUUGAUUCUUGCACAGCCUCCACGGAAGUCCCCUGACAGACGCUGGUCUGGCUCUUCUGAACCCAGCACUCUCCAUCCAUCCCUCACUAGUGGCCUUGGACUUGGGGGACUGCAUGCUGGGUGAUGAAGGUAUUAACUUGAUCUGUGGACUGCUCCCUCCUGAUGGGGCCAAGUCAGGUAAGCCAAAUUGGAUGUGUGGAGUUCUUGUAUAUCUCUGGAGCUCAUAAUGGACUUCAGAUCUUUGUUCAUACAGUUCUAUAGUUGGAACAGUUGUGGAGGUGAUGUCCACUCCCUGUUCAGCACAGGAUCUGCAGUACAGGAUGCAACCACAGCACCCCUGACAGAUGGCUGUCCAGCCUCCGCUUAAAUACUUCCCAUGGCAGCCUGUUCUUUGUUUAACAGCUCUAACCAUUGGGGAAGUUUCUGUUCCUAACUUCUAGCCAAAAUUUGCUCUCCUGCAAUUUCCACAUGCUGGUUCUGGAACAGCAGAGCACAAGUCUCCUCUGCUUUCAUGACAUCCCUUUAAACUAUUGUUUUUCUUCUUCAGAGAGGAAAGAGACCCCCUGACAAAUUGUAGCACUGAGUUUUCAGCACAGUGAAAUUAUAGUGAAAUUUACUCUGCCGGCUAAGGAUCUGUGGCUUGCUAAGAAUAAGCGGAUUCUCAUUCUGGGAGAGAAGGUAUUCAGAAUAGAAGUAAUUAUACUUUGCCCUGUUAUAGAACUAAACAGUGUCAUUUCCCACUAAGUCAGUGUGAGGAUCUGUAGGCUUUGCAGUCGUUUUGCAUUUUAUUUUUUGCAACCAAAACUUGAUGCUGUCACAUUAAAAGCCGUUUUCCUUUUUCUGAAAUGCCCUAUUUUGGUGCUACUCAGAAAUAUCACCAAAGGUUAUUUUUUGCUCAAGGAAUUAUCUUGAGCUAAAUCAAAAGUCUUUUGAGAAAAGAGUAUUGGAGACUGGCGGACUGGAAAAUAAUACUUUGACCGAGUUUUCAGCCGUCCUCUUCCACUCUACUGCAUUAAGCAUGCCACUAGGCUUGCAAGAGCAAAAUCUGGAGGGAAAAAAAUAAGGGCACUGUAGAUCUGUGUUGUGUGUAUUCUGGUAAAUUUGGAACCUUGGUGUUUAACAUGGUCCAUAAGGAAAAAACAUUGCCCCUCUGCCUUUUUGCAUGAGAUCAUCCUUUCACCUUAAAGAGCUCUUCUUUCUUGCUUCUUCUUGUCCUUCUUGUGAUAGCACUUUGUCCUCUUUUGGGGCCUGCUGUUCUGUGGUUGGGGUGGUGUGCAGCUAGUUGUGAAAGGAAAAGGGAACAGGCCAGGGAUCAAGAACUUGUUGUCCUCCAUAUGUUCUUGGAUUAAAGUUCCCCUCAUCUGUGACCAUUGGCCAUGCUGGCUAGGAUUGAUGGGGGUUGAAAAAGUCCACAACAUCUGGAGGGAUUUAUUUUUUUUAACCUGCCCUGGAAUCUGCUGGUGAAGGGCGGGUAAUAUAUUUUAUAAUAAAAAUAAUAAGGUUUCCCAUCUCUAGUGUAGACAAAUGAGGGCAUCGUUCAGGCAGUAUCAUGCCAGAAAAGUAACUCUGUAAGUAUGAUGCAAAUUAUUCUGCUUGUAGCCUGUUAGCAUGUGAAAAUUAGCACAACAUGUGCUCCCAAUGCUUAUCUUGGGAACAGUUUCCACAACAUUUAUGUCUACAGUUAUCAGACUCAGCUGAAGUGUGUGUUCACAUGGGCAAAUGUGGCAUGUCAUCAAAUGCUGCCAAAGUUGCAGGGCAUUCAGGAACAUUUAAUUGUUAUUUAUUAUUAUUUGUGUCCCACCCUUUCUCCCAAAGGAGCCAAGAGUGGCAAACAUCAAAAUGUCAAAUUCUAAUCAAGCAUUCACAAGAUGACUUGGUACAGAUUAGUUUUCCUUUCCCUUAUUUUAUUUUUAUCAACCUUGGGGUUGUGGGUGCUGUUAGAGUUUCCUUUGCCAGCCACCAAAAUGACUUGAGCCACUUCUGCUCGAAGAAGCCUUUAAAAGGGUGGAGGACAACAAUUUAACUACACGUUUAAUGUCUCUGAAUACAACUUGUGUUAACAUACAACUGUCCCACAGUUUGUUCUUAAGAAAUCUGUCCUUUUAACCAUCGUGAUAGUUUGCCCAAAAGAGUGGUUAAAAUGUUUUCAGGGGUUGUUUAGUAGUAGUAGUAGUAGUAGUAGUAGUAGUAGUAGUAGUACAGUGGUACCUCUGGUUGCGAAUGGGAUCUGUUCUGAAGGCCCGUUCACAACCUGAAGUGCUGUAUCUGCGCAUGCACGAGCGGCAAAACCUGGAAGUAACCCUUUCCAGUACUUCCGGGUCGCUGCGGGACACAACCUGAAAAGACGUAACCUGAAGCGUCCAUAACAUGAGGUAUGACUGUAGUAGUAGUAUUUUAAAGCAAAUGUAAAAUGCGGAGUGGAGAUUUUAAUCCACACCCAUGAUUCUGAAGGGAGAAGAAAAGGGCAGUAUAUAUGCAGUUGAUUAUAAUCCUGAAUACAAGAGUGAGAUCUUGUGACUGUGUAAACUCACUUGGCUUCCCUUAGGUUUGAAGGAGUUGACUCUCAGUGCUAACCCUGGCAUCACAGCCAAAGGAUGGGGGCGCCUGGCUAUUGCAGUGGCUCAUAGUUCCCAGGUGCGAGUGUUGAACUUGGACUACAACCCACUGGGUGAGAGGAGCAUGGAUAUCGUGCGGGGCUUAUGUGUGUCUCUUUCUUUCUUUCUUUCUUUCUUUCUUUCUUUCUUUCUUUCUCUCUCUCUCUCUCUCUCUCUCUUAAACAAGUGGGGAUGUUGCUUGGUUAAUGAUAGUUAAAGAGCCCACAUCUAGGAUAAGUCCAAUCACAAUCCAACUCAGCCCUUCCUCUUCAUUAUUUUAUGUAUUUUUUUAAUUUCUCAAUGCGGCAAACAGAGCAGAUAACAAAACACUGUGAAACAAGUAUCCAUUCCAAUAUUACACACACUCUCUGAAAAUAAACACAAGCUAAUUUAACAUUUCCAAAACCACCAUCAUACUAAGCUACCAGAAAAUGAAUCAGUCAAAAGCUAUGCCUGCAAGUGCAGUAUUAUGACGGGGCCCAGCACAUCUUACUUGGCAAAGCAUUCCACGUAGUUGGGUGCCAUAACAGAGAAGGUCCUGACCCUGGUUGAAAGCAGCCUUGCCUUUUGAGGUUGAGGCAGCUCCUAGGUCCAAAGCUGUUUAAGGGUUUUUAAAACCAACCCUAGCACCUUGAAUCGAGCUUGAAACUAAUCAGCAGUGAUUAGUUUCUGAUAACAGAAAACCAAUAUGAUGGAAUCAAAUCACCAAACACCUGUCAAGCGGACUUAGGGCUGUGUGAGAAGUGCACAGACUGGGUGCUAAGCUCGGGGGGGGGCGCCCUCUCAAAGGCAUUGGGCUUUGGGAAGGAGGCAUGAGGGCUCUGAUAGAGUCCUAGAGUCUUGUCCCCCCCUCUUCCUAAAGCCUAGUUAGCACUUUCCCAGCUUUGGGAAGGAGGUGGGAGGGUUCUAGACCUUGCCAGAGCCCCCGCACCUCCUUCUCAAAGCUGGGCUCCUCCUCACUUGCCUUUGGGAAGGCAGCAUGAGGGUGGCAGAGGUGCCUUACACAGGCUUUCAUAAUAGUAGUACCCAAGUUCACCACUCCACCUGUCAGCACUCUGGCUGCAGUAUUUUGCCCUGUUUGCAGGUUCUGGACAGUUUUGAAGGCCUGCCUCACACAGAGCGCCUUACAAUGGUCCAAUUUGGAAGUUGCUGAAUGACUGGCAGCUGGCAUCCACAGAGGGCCAUUGUGUCUUCAUGGUUAGGUAACAUAGCAAGUUGCUUUUUACUGAGUCAGACCACAGUCCUUCUCGAUCUACACCAAGAAUGAGAAUGCUACCCUCCAGAAGUUGGACUUCCACUCCCAUCAGCCCACCCAACAUGGCUGAUGGUAAGGGAUUAUGGGAGUUGUAGUUCAGAGGCACCUGAAGGGUCAGAGAGGUGCUCCGUCCACCUGGUCUGUACUUAGGUAGCCUCUCUCCAUUAUUUCAGACAGGAAUGUUUCCCAGCCUGUGUGAUCUGUCCUUGAGCUACAGCCCCUUUCUUUUCCUGAUAGAGUUUGCAUAUGUGUGUAAACUAGUAUCCCCUUUGUCUGGAAUAGAGUUACCACCUUUGCGCUUUUUUUUUUUUUUAAAGACCUAAGCAAUAGGCUAUUAAAGAACCUGGCCAUUCAAAAUACGAAAUGGAACAGACAAUUGCCAGCCUGGGCCAGGGAGAAUAUAAGAUGGCGGCCUACCAUGUUCUGCAAGGGAUGAGACUUGCUUCCAAGCUGAGGAGGCCUGAAGAGCAGCCCGCCAUACAGGCCUUAGGUUAUGUGCACUUCCUCUUCCUGUGUACAGUGUGGCAGUACCCAUCCUCCAAAUGUUAUCUUUGCAGCCCCAUGUAGGCUGCUGCCACUGGGCUUGGGAGUCAGACCAUGCUUCUUCCCCCGCCCUUGCCUCCUCAUCUUCUUCCAAAUACAGCAAAGAGGAGAGGAGCCCCAGCAGUGGUUACCAUGGAAACCGCCUCUCUCCCUCUCUCUGCAGCUGCGCUGCCUGAGCAGAAUUGGCAGCUGGUGAGAGAAGAGACUAGACCAGGCAGCUCUCCCCUCUCCCCAUCCCUCCUGCCUCAGGGAAGCAAAUGUGAGACGCUCCUCAGCACACCCCACCUAAUCCUGCCCUUUCAAAACUGGGCGAGGCCUUUCUUCUUUCUGCCUUGCCACUGUCAGGGUUUACCCUGCAAAAUGAGAGGUGCUCAGGCCUUAAAGCCUGGCAGAAGGCUUCUUCUCUGACCCAGAAGCAAUUCCUUCUAAUUAAGACUAAGCUCGCCUAGAGGUUAUGUGCUGCUGCCCCAGGUGCAGAGAUACCGUUUCCCCCCCCUAGCCAAUUUAAGAAGAGAAAGAAAAGCAGCAGCAGCAAAACAGAUGCAUAAUGUGAUCACUCUUCCCCAGUGUCUUGUGCCUUUAACAGGCAGACAUUAAACAGGUGCAGCACCUUUGAGUGAGAUUAGAAAACUGCACCUGUUGAAUGCAUCUGUGGCGUUAUUAAACAAGUGCCAUUUUGGGGGUGGGGAGGUGCUGGUAGAGUUGAGGUUGUUGUACUGCCCAGCAAAUUCUGCCACUCCUGGAAUGGCUGCAUGCAGCAUGGCCUCUGUGAGGUCUUCUAACAUCUCCUGACUUUCUACCGUCUAGGUGACCAAAUAGCAGGAAUGCUGGCAGUUUCUGUGGCAUCCAGCCGCACCCUCGAGGUUUUGGACUUGGAAGGAACAGGACUCACCAACCAAUCAGCCUUGGUAAGGAGAACAUGGUCCUUUGCCGCCUUCUGUUCGCCUUCUAAGUCAUGGAAGUGGGCAGACUAGUUUGUCUACUUUUAUUUUCUCCAAAUGCACUCUUUCCCCAAAUGCACUGUCUCAGGGGCAGUUUGUCAGGAAGACUGGAGCCCCUUUGCAUUCUCCUUCCUUGGUUCUCUUGCCUCUAAGCUGAGUUGCUUACCAACCAGCCUCUCGACUCUUGCUCUGUUCAGAUCCUGCUGGAUAUGGUGGAAAACUACCCGACAGCUUUGCGGACGCUGAUCCUGGCAGAGAACAACAUCAGCCCUGAACUUCAGCAGCAGAUCUCCGACCUUCUUUCUGAGGGUGAGGAAGACGACGAGACGGAGACUCGUGAAGUCAUGGCAAGAGAGAAGAACAACUGGAUCUGCCAGAGCAGUAAGUCUGCUGGGGCCUCCAAGGAGGAGGAAGAUUGGGGCGGGGGGGGUGAACAUGGAAGGGGGAGGCUGACCAUGGGAAACCAUGACACUCAGGCCCUUAAAAAAUUGAAGGUCACAGAAUUUCAGUACUGGUAUUUCAGAGCAUCAUAGAAUCAUAGGGUUGGAAGGGACCAUGAGAGUCAUCUAGUCCAACCCCCCUCAGUGCAGGAAUCUUUUGCCCAGUGUGAGUCUCGAAUCCAUAACCCUGAGAUUAAGAGUCUCAUGCUCUACCAGCUGAGCUAAAAUGCACACAUAGAAGCGUAUACUUUUGUCCCAGUAUUGAUAUUAGAAUAGAGCUUAGUUAGGGAUGAAAACACUUUCCUACACUAUGAAAUCUAGUCCUUGGCGCAAAUGCACUGGCAGCACUAAACUGAAAUGCAAUCCAGCCGCUAAUGAUUUUCUGAAACCAACCCUACAAAUUGGCUUAUGAAGGGGUGGUAAUCUCCUGUUUGAACAAAAACCAAAGUCUGGUAUCCCAUUUGGGUUCUUUUGUGUAAUUAUAGGGCAAAGCCUUAAAUGGAAACCUCGGUCCAGUAUACCUGAAGGAGCGUCUCCACCUCCAUUGUUCUGCCCGGACACUGAGGUCCAGCACCGAGGGCCUUCUGGUGGUUCCCUCGCUGCAAGAAGCCAAAUUACAGGGAACCAGGCAGAGGGUCUUCUCAGUAGUGGCACCCGCCCUGUGGAACACCCUCCCACCAGAUGUCAAAGAGAAAAAUAACUACCCAACUUUUAGAAGACAUCUGAAGGCAGCCCUUUUUAGGGAAGCUUUUAAUGUUUAAUAGGUUAUUGUAUUUUGGUGUUUUGUUGGAAGCUGCCCAGAGUGGCUGGGGAAACCCAGCCAGAUGGGCGGGGUAUAAAUAAAUUAUUAUUAUUAUUAAGCACAUCUCAUGUGCCUAUCAAGCGGAGAGCUACCGUUGUCUCCGUAUUACAGAAGUUAAAGGAAAAUACUAGAGCAAGUUAACUGUGGAUGCCUAAGCACAGAGUUUAAUCCAGCUUCACAUUAGCAGGCCUCCUUUUUAACUGUGUAUUUUGGAAAAGGAAACUUUGUUGUGUGCAGACUUCAAAUCAAGAGGCAGCACAUCCUAAUGGGUGUUCCGAUACUGCACUUGGCGCCCAAUAAUUACAACAGAAUUGGGCUACUUGUGUAGCCCUUACCUUCCCCAACCUGGUGCUUAUUUGAACUUUCAUCAUCCUUGACCGUUGACCAAACUGGUGGAUGCUGGAAACAAGGAGGGCACCAGAUUAAGGAAGGCUAGUGGAACCACACAGCUUGUCUGCUGUGAAUCCAGGGAGUGGGUAGGAAGAGAGGGGACAGGACUCUAUGUGGUCAUGGUCUGCAGCUACAAUUGCAAUCCCACUUAUCUGGGAGUAAGCCCCAUUGAAUUCAAUAAGAGACACUUCUGCGUAGACAUGGUUAGUAUUGUGCUAUACACUUUAGGCAUAAAAUGAAUCUAUUUAGUCGCCAAGUGCUUCACUUCAGGAGUACUCAAGCUAGUGCUUUCUUGAAUUGUACUUAACGCUUCAUGUUCUCCUUUAUAAAAGAGUCUUCCUAGCCCUGUGCUUAGGAUCCAGCUACAAAUCACGGUUUUCCCCCUCCAAAUCCUGUUCAUUGGCUAAAACCACCUUUUCUCCAUUUCACAGAUUCUAGUUCCCAGAUGGUCUUGGUAACUUCGGGCCUUGGAGAAAGUCUUCUAGCAGAAACAGAGAUGUGAAAAGGAAACUCCCAUUGCCUCUGAUGAGAACAUCAUUUCCAUGUAUGUGGAAAGACUGUGUUUUUUUUUUUUUAAAAAAGUGCAUUCACACAUAUAUCAUGUGUGAAUGUGUACUGUGCUUGUGUGUUUGCAAGUGAGUGUAUGCACUAGGCAAACAGAUGGGUGUGAAAGCCUAAUGUCUAUGUGUAAUUGCUGCGCCUGCCCCGAGUGCAGAUCCACACACUGUGUCUUACUGAAGUCACUUUUAGCUCCACACUGGGACGUGACCCAAGUUAAUCUCGAUGUCUGUGUCACACAACUUGUCAGUUGCUUGUGAUUGUCCAGUUGCUGUAUUUUUAGGUCGCACCAUCCAUUCUUGACUAAUCUUUGCGGGAGGCUGUAUUUAUUCAGAUGUGUAUAUUUAUGUAUAACAGAUACUUUUUAUUGCUUGUACCUAUGUCUUAAGUAGAAUUUUAUAUAAAGUUCACAGAAAUGGCCCAGUUGUGGCCAUGAGGCUCUUUCCUUUCUAACUACACAUCAGCAAGGCAGCUUCACUAAGGGAAAUAAUGCAACCUUACGUUGUUCUUUAGUCGUUUAGUCGUGUCCGACUCUUCGUGACCCCAUGGACCAGAGCACGCCAGGCACUCCAGUCUUCAAUGCAUUACUAUGAGGUUGCAUUGUGACAAAGACAAUGCAACCUUAUAGUAAUGCAUUUUUUGUUGCGCUGCCUCUAAUGGGCUGAGAAAGCAACUUAGCACUUGAUAAUUAAGUCUACAACCCCCACAAAGAGAAAGCUGAUUUCUGUUAGCAGAAGGCUCCUGUGAACCAGGCUUUAUAUAGCCUAAACCAGGGGUAGGCAACUUAAGGUCCGUGGGCCGGAUGCGGCCCAAUUGCCUUCUCAAUCUGGCCCGCUGACAGUCCGGAAAUCAGCGUGUUUUUACAUGAGUAAAAUGUGUCCUUUUAUUUAAAAUGCAUCUCUGGAUUAUUUGUGGGGCCUGCCUGGUGUUUUUACAUAAGUAGAAUGUGUGCUUUUAUUUAAAAUGCAUCUCUGGGUUAUUUGUGGGGCAAAGGAAUUCAUUCAUCCCCCCCCCCCCAAAAAAAUAUAUAGUCCGGCCCACCACAAGUUCUGAGGGACAGUGGACCAGCCCACGGAUGAAAAAGGUUGCUGACCCCUGGCCUAAAUAAUUAUUUUCCCCAAAUAAGUUGGAGUGAAUGCCCUUGAGUUCCA